AGCUCCAGUUUCUUACAGGAACCCUAUAUAAAGAGUUUACAGCCUUCUCAUUAAGCUUGAGUCACACAUGAGGGGGAAUGAGCAUGAAAUCUCAGCUCAGAGCAGAAACUUUGUUUUCUGAUAAAUGGAAGGAAACGGAAAUUUAUUUCUCCUCCAAAUUUCUCUGCUUCUGGAUCCCUACUCAGAGAAUAGCACAUUGAGGAUUUUAUGUGUGUAGCCUUCAGCCUCUGUGUAUGUGUCUGAGUGAGGACGUGCAGAGCGAUAACUGCAUCCUAGUAGUCGAACAAUCAGCGCUACUCUGCUGAUGCUGCUCUGCACUCCGGCCACACCGGCGCAGCUCAGCCCCGAAACAAGAACCGAAUACCAGGUAAUAACGUGGUGUGAAGGUUAUUGAUCCGACCGGACAGAUACCGAUCACCAUGGAGCUGCACCUGUUCGCCACGGCCUGUCUCCUCUUUGGCAGGAUAAUGAUAACGCACCAAACUCAGCACAUGAACUCAGUGUCCCAGUUUCUGUUCACUCCACGUGGGCCCCAGAUGUUUCCAUGUCUAACUUACCUGGAGCGAAAUGUCAGGGUGGACUGUGAGUUUCCUCCCACCUACCAGAUCCCUGGGCCCUACUGUGAGUAUCGGCAGGACAGCCGGCUGGUGGGCAGCACCUACCCCAAUGCCGUCAUCUACGUGUCCACCGAGGAUCGUAGGAGAAGCAAUGUCAGCCUGGUCACUCCCACACUGUGCCGCCUCACCUGGGCCCCGUUGGCUGAUGAGAAGCCUUACACCUACACCUGCAGAGUUUACCAGGGCAACAGCUGGAAGGAGAACAGCAUGGCUGUGCAUCAUAGGAUCCUGCCGAUCUGCUCUGCAAUUAGUGUUAUGUUCAAAUCUGCACCUUGGCUUUUGUCACUGGUGAUGUCACUUCCUGUGGCUGUGGGUCUUCUGAGUCCAUGAACUGUCAGCUUCACAGGAUAACAACUCAGUGGACAUUUUUACAUGAUUUCUGACUCACACUGGUUUGAUUGUUGGUGGUUGAAACCAUGUGAGAUUAUCUUGUUUUCUAUUAUUUUAUAUUUUAGGGCAGAGUAGAAGCCAUGAAAAAUACCACUAAGUAAACAACACUCAAUAAAAUCAACCUCUCAUUGAGCUCUGGACUACUGUUUAAAAAUGUACCUUUGAGGUUUGAAAGAUUUUAUUUAAUAGACCUCAUUCUCACCACUGUACCUUGAACACCAUUGUUUCAAUAUUAUCAAAAGAAAAGAGAAAUCAUGGUGAUAUCAAAUUUAAGACAGUGUAAGCAAAUGCAGCAGUUAACAGUGUUAAUUUUCUAAUAUAAUGGCUGUUUAAAAAAAAGAGCAGAUUACAGACAGUCUUUUGAACUGUUGUCUCGAUCAGGUCUCCCUUGUAAAUAACAUUCAUUGGGACACACCUGUAAUCAAACAAUCAUUUCGUUAAUGGCCAAAUAAAUAUUAAUUUUGUGGUUUUGUA